AGCCAGUCGUUCAGGGGAGCGCCAACCAGCAGGUCCUGACUGUUGGUGAGGAUAUGAGAGGAAGUCAGAUGUGUUAACCUGGUAGUCACCCGGUGUACAGGCCACUCUACAGCAGCAUCCAUCUGAGCGGGACUGCCCGACCGGCCCGGAGGCAACUGGCUAGCUAGCUAGCUAACCUCAGCCCCGCUAACUUCGCCAGUUAAAGGCGGUUCGACGGACAACCCUUUUGGGGGAAAGCGGGGCCUCUGGCUAGUACGACUCGGUUCACAGCUGCCCUGGAGAUCUUAACACCCCGGUUUAUUUCCCGGAGCAACAUCCUGCUGAGAUGGACAACCUAAGUGACGCCUUGGAGAAACUAAAGCUUGCGUCCACUGACAGCGCCACUGACAGCGUGGAGAGCUGUCUGGACUGCCUGCUGAAAGCACUCGCCAACAACAACACGGAGGCCAGUGUAAAGAUCCAGGAGGUGGGCGUUCUCACCCUGCUCCCCACCCUGCUAAGCCCCCAGUCCUCCUGCACCCCUAAAGUAGCCAACAUCAUAGCUGAAGUGGCCAAAAAUGAGUUCAUGCGGAGUCCCUGCGUGGAAGCCGGCCUCAUCCCUCCUCUUAUUCAGCUGUUAAACUCCGCCGACCAGGAGGUUCUACUGCAGACUGGCCGAGCGCUUGGCAACAUCUGUUACGACAGCCAUGAGGGCAGGAGUGCCGUUGACCUGGCAGGAGGGGCUCAGAUAGUAGCUGAACACAUUAAAUCCCUCUCCCAAAAUACUGAGCCGGAAAAUGAGAAGCUCUUGACUGUCUUUUGUGGCAUGCUGAUGAACUAUAGCAAUGAUAAUGAUUCCCUACAAGCUCAGCUGAUCAGUAUGGGUGUUAUUCCCACUCUGGUGAAGCUGCUAGGCAUCCAUUCCCACAACACAGCCCUGACAGAAAUGUGUCUGAUUGCCUUCGGGAAUUUGGCUGAGCUUGAGUCCAGCAAAGAGCAGUUUGCCUCCACCAAUAUUGCUGAGGAGCUGGUGCGUCUUUUCCAGAAGCAGUCGGAGCACGAGAAGAAGGAGAUGAUUUUUGAGGUUCUGGCUCCACUUGCAGAAAAUGAUGUGAUAAAGCUCCAGCUGGUGGAGGCAGGCCUGGUGGAGUGUCUCCUGGAGGUGGUGGCUCAGACUGUCGACGGAGAGAGGGAGGAGGACAUCGCCCAGCUGAAGACCGCCUCAGACCUCAUGGUUCUCCUGCUGCUGGGAGAUGAGUCCAUGCAGAAGCUGUUUGAGGGAGGAAAGGGCAGCGUCUUCCAGAGGGUCUUGUCCUGGAUUCCAUCUCACAACCACCAGCUGCAGCUCGCUGGGGCUCUGGCCAUCGCCAAUUUUGCUCGCAACGAUGGGAACUGCAUCCACAUGGUGGACACUGGCAUCGUGCAGAAGCUUCUGGAGCUGUUGGAUCGGCACGUUGAGGAAGGCAACGUCACCGUUCAGCACGCAGCACUGAGUGCCCUGCGCAACCUGGCAAUACCCGUGGUAAACAAAUCCAAGAUGCUGGCAGCCGGAGUAGCAGACGUGGUGUUGAAGUUUUUGCAAUCAGAGAUGCCUCCAGUCCAGUUUAAACUCCUGGGGACGUUACGCAUGCUCAUCGAUACACAAGCUGAAGCCGCAGACCAGCUGGGAACCAAUGGGAAGCUAGUGGAGAGGCUAGUGGAGUGGUGUGAAGCCAAAGAUCAUGCAGGGGUGAUGGGCGAGUCCAACAGGCUCCUGUCGGCCCUCAUUCGACACAGCAAGUCCAAGGAGGUUGUCAGAACUGUCAUCCAGGGAGGAGGAGUCAAGCACCUAGUUACCAUGGCAACUAGUGAGCAUAUGAUUAUGCAGAAUGAAGCUCUGGUGGCUUUGGGUCUCAUAGCAGCGCUGGAUUUGGUGGCAGCUGAGAAGGACUUUGUCGGAGCCAACCUGGUGUCGGUGCUUCACAAGCUGCUGUCAGACGAGAGGAGUGCACCAGAGAUCAAGUACAACUCUAUGAUCCUCAUCUGUGCAGUCAUGGGCUCAGAGCCCCUCCACAAAGAGGUCCAGAGCCUGGCGUUCAUCGACGUGGUGUCCAAGCUGAGGGCCCACGAAAACAAGACGGUCUCCCACCAGGCGUCUCUCACAGAGCAGCGAUUAACUGCCCAGAGCUAAAUGACUGUCUGACCCCGCCCACACCCAUCCACCCAAAACCGCCUGCCUGACCACCCGGUGACCCCUCAUGACCGCUCUCCCCUCUGUGCCCCAUCGUCAUGUGCCAAGGUACCAUGUCGCGUUAACUGCCAGCCAAGACAUGUCUCUGCCCCCGCCCCUCUGCCCCACCCACCUCCACCAGGGUUAGACCGAUGUGGAUUUAUUUUACAAAUCAUGAAAUCUGAGCAGUUUAUAAUGUCAUUUAUAUUUGGAAUUACAAUAAUUCACCUAGAAUUGAAUCCGCAUGAGGGUGAUCUAGCCUCUGAAGCUGUUUUUGAACUUGCAUGGGACACUAACACUCCUCUGAAAGCCAUAAUAGUGAGAUGUAUUUAGGUAGGUUAAAAGGUCCUUUACAAAGCCACGCCCCUUAAACGCUCAAUGGACACCGCAUACUUCCUGGUCGUUCCGCAUUGGUCCAACCCUGGUCCCCUCCUCUACUUGUGCAUGCAUCUUCUGCUACAAGUAGCUCCACAGGAGCUGAGGCGCCAUAAACAGCCUCACGCAAUAGAUAAGAGGCGACACUCUUUUACGACCAUAGCUGUGAGACCAUGCACCGGUAACCCACCAGUGAAAAAAAAGUGCACAAAAGAACAAAAAAAAAAGACUUCCUGUUGUGAUUAUUUUUUUUCUUUCAUUUAUAAGGAAAGCCUCCAUCCAUGAUGUGCCCAGUCGUGUCCCAUGUAGCUCAAGUAUAAACUGACUAGAAACUGUGCAUGUUUUAGUCCUGUUCAAGGUGUGACAGUGUUCAUUAGACCCCUCUGCCGCUCGCAUAGUCCCAAAGUCCAGCCUGCCCUCCUCCAACGACACCUCCAGUCUUGUACAUUUUGUUUUGCUCGUUUACAACUCGGAACAAGAUAUUUUAUGAGAUUUUUAAUUCCACGGUUGUCCAAACAUGUUCCCUCUGCUCCAAUUGCUGUACAGUUAACUCCACCCAUCCCUGAAAGAGGAUCAUGUAAGAACCAGGUGAAGCAUCAUAGUGGAGAACAGAGCUGUAGUCGAGUCUACCUUCAGUCCGUUCCAGUUCAGCCCCAAGACCGAGUGCUGCCAAGGUGAAGUCGAGACUGAAAUACGGAAUUGGAAAUAUAAUGCAAAUUCUUAACAAGAUCCAGCACCGACAUACUGCGUAUCACAGUCCAAAGAUGGACGUUUGGCUUAUGAGGUGAGAAUAGUGGUGUCAGGUGGGUGCAAAGUAACACAACAUGAAAAGUAGUCAGAAAAAGAAAGGUCUCCUCCAUUAAAGUCAACAGACGUCUUUGAUUCCACAUGGAUGGUGUUGACUUGAAUCAAAAGACUAAAUCAUGUUUUUGUUACUUUGCGCCAACCUGGCAGUUUUUCCCCCAUCUCAUUAGUUGUUAAGAAGAUUGACACCUUGCGUACCCAAAUUCUCAGUCUUGUUUGCGGCACUUUGGACAAAACUCCAGAAAAUAUCAAUAGAAGAUCAAUUUUUAAAAACAUUUUGGGAUGGGCAUGAGAUGGUGGGGUAAUCUAUGAAGAGCAGCCAAAGAACAAGACACUUUCAAGUCAAAGCAGACAUGAGACUAAGAUUUCAGAAGAAGACCGGAGCACUGCUGCCUGGUUCACUCUGUGAGAUACAGUUCUAACACACGACAGAGCCCAAAAGAAAUCACAGACUUGGCUGUAAGAAAAUCAGGGAGGUAAUUCUUCCGUAUGGAAUGAAGUGCGUUAGUGUUUGUGUUGUGGGGUGAAGUCUGAAUGCAGACUCAGAACGGUCACCCUAUUAAACCACAGGUCUCUCUCUUCACGUAGACAGUUGGUUCUUCUAGUUGAAGGGAUUUCUGCGUCAGCAUGUCAGACACCAUACCACACUCACAUGUUCACAUGCUACCCUGUUUUCUGGUCUGGGCCCAUUGCUUUUUUUUUUUUUUUUUUUUUUUAAAGGUAUGAAUGGUUAUUUAUCAGAUUUGUGCUCUUUCUAAAGACACAUGCCUGUGGAGAUGUAUCCAUAGUAACUGCGUAAAAUCCUAUAAACUUAAGUGUUUGUUGUAAAUGUCAUGAGUUGUACAUUUGGAGGAUUGUAACUCAGCAGAUAAUUAAAAAUGAUAGCUGGUGAUGGCUUACGUCUUCAUUCCAACACUGCUUAUGUUUUGUUUUAGUCACUCUAAACACUAAGUUUAAACUUAAGAAAAUGGAAUCAUGUGUACAUACAUGAUUCCAUUGAAUUCUCCCAUGAUAUCUAGCAGCACACACUGGGAGCGUCGCUCUCUUUUUCCUUCUCGUCUCUGUCGAUGAUGAGUCAGAGUCAUAAAGCUGGGGAUGUGCUUUAUUAUUUUUUGCUCAGAGUUUAAAUAUAUCGGUUUUACACACAUCACGCCACCUCGGCUGAAUUUGCACCUACUCCCAUCUUUUCAUUGACUCUGCAUGUGAUUGUGCCGCCUCUAAAAUAAAUUUGCUUCACACUCUACUAUGUUCAUUGAAUUCACAGCAGCGUAUUUGUGCCAUUGUAGGUUAAAUUCCUUUAAAAAAAUUAAAGAAAGAAACUUUGAGA